AUGUACCAUAAAUAUCAUGACAACGAUAAAUGGUUAAAUGCCGAAUUAGAAAGGAUCAUCUGUACCAGAAAACGAAAAAUUGAGAGUGCUUCUCUUGAUCAACCUAUAGAGAGCAACGCGUUAAAUUUAUUAAUCGUUUUAAAUACUGAAUGGGAUAUCAAUGAGAUCACUAGUAUCGAUUUUACAGAACCGUUGACUAACAUAGAAAUUUCCGGCAUAAUAAAGGAAAUCUUUGCCGCCGGGAUGGAUACGACCCGAAACGUAAUGUGCUUUAUCAUGUAUUAUAUUAAUAAAUAUCCUCAAGUUAAAGAUAAAUUGAUUCAAGAAUAUGAGUUGGUCUAUGGGGAUCUAAGAAAGAAAUUAGAUGUAACUUACGAAUCACUUGAUAAAUUAGUUUAUACCGAGGCCGUGAUCAAUGAAUCCACACGUCUUACACCGGCAUUACCAGUUUUGUUUCGUGCCGCCACUUUUGAUACCGAAAUUGGUGGUUACAAGAUCAAGAAAGAAACGACCGUAUUUACGAAUUAUAUCGGUAUUCAUUAUCAUAAAGAUCAUUGGAUUGAACCCGAAAAGUUCAAUCCUGAUAGAUUUUUAAAGGAUGGCCGUCAUACGAUCGUUAAAAAUUCUCAUUUGCCUUUCGGAGGGGGUAUUCGAAUUUGUCCGGGUAGGCAUUGGGCCAUGGAAAAUAUGAAAAUUUUAUUGGUCAGAAUUUUGACCAAAUUCGAAAUUAACCUCGCGGAUCCUGAAGCUCCGUUAAAAUCAUCAUAUCAUGGAACGCAGCAUUGUGAUGAAUUAGAUAUUUAUUUUAAACAAAAAGCGAAUGCUUAA